AUGAAGGAUGAAGAAAGAGUCAAGCUCAAGAUGGAAAACAAGAGCGCUUGCUGGGAGGCAACCCAGCGUUGUUAUUCGCCCGAGGACAGAGGACGGGCUGACGUUUUACGGCAGAAGGAGCAGGAGACCGCAAGAGCAGCCGUUGAGUUAAAACAACCGGAGGAGCCGGAAGAAGAGGAGCCUGAGUCUACUCCCCCUGUGAAGAAGUCGAAGAAAGCCCCAACGGGCAAGGCAACGAAGGCAACUCCAGCACGGUCCGUUGCAGCGCCACCACCACCAGUUCAAGCUCAACCACCAUCGCAAAUUCCUGAAACUUCCAUGCAACAAGGGAAAACCGCCUCCGAAGAUACAGAGGAAAAAUGA